CCACAAGAAUUCCAUGAUAGUUUGUAAUACGGUAUUGGAAUUUUGGAAUUUAAGUAAUUUUAAAUUGUGAACCAAAUUAAAAUUUUAACUUUUGUAGUAAUGUAGUAUUUAUGUACCUAUAUAGAUCGCGUAUUCAAAAUUAAAAUUACAAAAUUGAAAAAUUUUAAAUCUUUUACAUCUACAACAGAGCGAUUGACGUCUUACAUUAACUCAUAACUGCCAGGGUUUUCUGGGAACUAAUUUCACAAAGUAACCAUUUAGAAGUUCAUUGCGUGUUGCAUCGAGCUACACGAUGUCGGGCAACGACGAUAAAGUCAACAGUGACGAUAAUUCAGUUGCUGUUAAUGCAGUUUCAAACUUCGGUAACGACAGCACGAAACCAAAGACAAUAACAGAUAAUACGCCAAAAAGUACUCUCAACAAUUUGGAGAAUAAUUCAAAAAUGUACGAAUUUCAUGAAGCCCGAAAAGAUAUGGUAUCAAAAGCAACAGCAUUUUUGGUAGACGAAAAAGUACAAAAAACGCCUUUUGAAAAACAAGUUAAUUUUUUACGUAAAAAAGGAUUAACUGACUAUGAGAUACAAGUAGCAAUGCAGAGAGCAGCAGUGAUCUGUAAUGAUAAUUCAAAUAAACAGAAUGGCGGAAUUCCUCUAUCACCUGUUCAUUACAAUUUAUCAAAUAAUCCUGGUGUUAUACAAACAUCAUUUGAAUCUCAGAGCUGGUACAGUCGUCUUUUUGGACCAAUAGCUUUUGCUGCUGCUGUUGUAUACAUUGGCUAUACGUUGUACAAGAAAUAUGUAGAAAAGUGGCUUUUUGGGGCUCAAAAAUCUCCACUGGAAAAUCGUUUAGAAGCCUUAGAGUUGUCGAUUCAAAGGUGCUUAGUAAUGUUAGAAGAAAAAAACAAUUCAUAUCAAUCAUCAAAUACAUGUUUGGAACAGCAAUAUGAGUUCAAUAAUAAAGUCCGUGCUGAACUUAAGUCUAUCAAAAGUUUACUUCUCAAUAGAUUCCAAUUUCCUCCAGCCCCUGUAUCUUCUAGUAUACCAGAAUGGCAGUUAUUAAAAAAUACCAAGCCAAAAGAAGAAGAUCAAAACAAAACCAAUAGCAGUGACAUACCAAAUUCAUUACAAACAACCCAAAAGAAUGUAUUUAAUGAGACUCAAAAAAGUCUUGUAGUUGGUUCUCAAUCAAAUGGUCUAAUUGAUGAUAGUGAUAAGUUUAAAGAUUGCAUGAAAAUUAACUCUGCGUCUACCAAAAUAUCAUUAUCACCUAGUCCUAAUCAAAGUUUAAUAAAAAGUGAAGAUAAUAAAAAUAAGGAUAAACACAUUGAGAAUAAUGAAGGUGUAAGUCAAUGAUGAGAAAUGUAUGAAUAUGAAAAAUAUUCAUGAAAUCUGGCUUUUUUUUUUAUAUAUAAUACGUUAGUCGGGUUUCUUUGGUUAUGUAUAUUUAAGAUAUAAAUAAAAAUGAAUUCUCUUUUUAUUAUUAUUUUGUGAUUGAAAUUCUGAAUUUAGUUAGUUAGGUAUUUUCUACAUUUUUGUGACGUAAUAAAUUAAUUGAUUGAUUUUGUUUUCAUUUUGUUUCUUAUUUAAUGAUUGAAUAAACAAUAUGGUAAAAAUUAUGUUAUGAUUAAAAAAAAAAAAUUAACUAUAAUUUGGUCCCCGUAAAUAAAGUAUUGGAUUUAAUUGAUGAAAUGGA